ACCCAACUCUGCACAUGCUCUUGAAUCCAUUGAUCCCAACACUGAAAGCUACCUUCAAAAGUAGUGUCUUUGCUAUUGUAAAUAUAUAUAGCUAACCCACUUCCAUUAUCUUCAACUCAGCACAACACAACACACUAUUUCAUUGUUUCAAGCUCUCAAUCUCUUCUUAUUUCUCUGAUUCAUAAAUCAACACAAUAUGAUCAAUCCCAAGAAACUCCUCAGCAUGGCAAGAAAGUGGAAGAAAGUGGCCGCGAUGAGAAGGAAAAGAAUUUCACUACCAAGAGCCAAUGGGGAUGUCAAUAAGGGCCAUUUUGUUGUGUACACAGCCGAUCAAAGGCGCUUUGUUUUCCCAAUAGUGUAUCUUAACAGUGACAUUUUCAGAGAACUACUGAAAUUGUCUGAAGAAGAGUUUGGACUACCAAGUGAUGGACCUAUUACAUUGCCAUGUGAGGCGAUUUUCACGGACUAUGUGAUCUCUUUACUCCAACGCCACGCAACAAAAGAGAUACAGAAAGCUCUGCUCAUGUCUAUAGCAAAUAGCAGAUGCUCAAUGUCAUGCUCUCUUCAUCAAGAAAAUCUUUGUCAGCAAUUACUAGUCUGUGGCUUCUAGAUCCAUAUUCAUCAUAGAGAUUUUGUAAAUGGUCCACGAUAUUAUUGUAGUAUGAAGAUUUUGACUUUUUUUUUUGCUUUUACUUUGGGACAAAAAUUGUUAAAAUUAAAAUAACUCUUUGACAAUUUUUCCAAGAGCAAACAUUUAAAAUAAGAUGUGGAUCAUUUUUCUCAAA